AUGUCUCUCUUUCUCCCAUACACCUUCGCGGUCGUGUUCGACGGCCUGCCAAACCCCGCCCGCGCCAACCACCCCAUCGGCCGCUUCCACAAUGCGCAGGAGGGCUACGACGACUGUUGGAUCCAGAACGGCCACCUCGGGUUCCUCUGUGCGCGAGCUGCACGUCCGGUUCACGACGAGCCUGAGUUCGUCGGCGCGCUGCUGGACGAGGUCCUGCGGGCGCUGCCGUGGUGUGCCGAGACGCCGUGUCCGUCGCUGCGGACGCUCGCCGUCCAGCGUGCCCAGGUUCCAGACGAGGCCAUCGAAGAUGUCAGGGCGCGGUAG